GACAUUAUUGAUCAUACAGGUAGGCCUGCAUAAACCUAACUUGUUGUUUACGAGGAUCAAUGUUGAUAUUUGAGGGAUAACUUGUGCACCACAGGAUUUGAAGUGCAAAUUCAUAUUUUUUACAGCCCAGGGGAAGGAGGGUCAUGCACAAUAAGCAGUUUGGCCACCAUUUAUUUGCCUAUUUAUUCCGAUUUAAAGUCCCCACUGGUCAAAUCUACUGAUGCAGUUUCUCUAUUUUUCAAGAGGACUUUUCUUUCACUUCCGGAGUGCAGCGGAUGUUCUUACGGACUCGGGAAGCGCCUGUACAGGACCGACCCGACCGCAAGAAUGUGUGUCUAUCAUCAUUUUAAGGUGCAGGUGGAAAUGUCCAGGAGGCAAUAGUAGCUUUGAGUAGCUCCUUUUCACUAAUCAUUUAUCCCAGUUGAAGCCCCGUCCUUGGUGUUCUUGUCGUGCCUUACCCAACCCUGGACCAUGAUGGAUCACAGAAAAGCCUUAACCAUCUCACUCACUGUUGACAAGGAUAAUUCUACGAUUGGAAACCCACUCAGAAUCCCCAUGACAUGUUUCUCGUCAGGGUAUGGGAAGUUAGAGAGACAGAUUCACUGGACCAAGUUCACAGGAUCCAAAGCCAGAUACAAUGAUUCAAAGCAUAAGAACGGAUCCAUGCAGUUUGACCACCAUGAAGCAGCCCUGGUCCGACUGGGAAUGGCCAGCAGGAAGCCCUGCCUGAUCCUCACGGACGUCUUGAAGACGGAGCCAGGCAGAGCUUAUCUGGAUGGGAAGAGGCGGGACCAGACAUCAGGAAAUGGAAGAAGGUUGUCAAGUCUGCGGAGCGAGAACAGUCGGAGGAGAGAGGAACCCCUGGUUUGUGGAGAGAGGAGGUCAGGUCUGAGAGAGGCCAAACACAAGGUUUUGCCAAAUACGAACAAGAGUGAUACUCCAAAACGCAACCAGAGGACCCUCUCGCUGUCUUCUGAGAGGUUAAGACUCAGGAGCAGGUCAGAGGAUGCUGAGCAGGAAGAUGUCAAGGAAGAGGACAAAGAAGUGAUGGAGGUGAUAAUAGGCGAGGACAACGGAGAGAAUGACAAAAAUGCUGAGGUUGUAGACUGUGGAUUGUCACUGAGUUGGAAGCCCACCGCAGACACAGGAGGUGAUGAGCUCUCUCCAGCUAGCACCAAGAAUGAUUGUCCAGAACCAGAAAGUGAUGAACAAUGCAGCGUGCAGAAGAGGAAAAGAGAGAAUGCAGAGUCCCACUGCAAUGGGACAGGCACACCCACAGGCCAUCGAGGGAGUGUGCUUCGCCUCUCUGGGGAAGCAGGGAGAGACAGAGGACCAGCUGCUAAACGCCUCUGUCCAGAAGAGAGGGGAGAGGAUUCAGAGGUGGACCAUGGGAUUUUGCAGCUCACUGUGGGGGGAGAUGACAGAACAGAAAGGGGCCUCAGUCCAGUCGUCAGUCCUAGAUCAGAGGCUCCAGAGACAAGAGGAGUACCAAGGCAGAGUCUGUCCACCAGCCAGGACAACCCAACCCAGGCCACUCCCUCUGAACCCAUUGUUUUGUCCAGUGAUGAUGAGGAGGGCAGUGGCAUUCCUCGGCCCUGCGGCCCAGUUUUCCACACACUGGUCAGUGUGGGAGAGACAGCGACACAGGGACAGCCUUCACAGGAAGUUGAGGCUGAACAGCAAGAUGUGUCUCAUAUGCAGCUGGUGCAUGUUGUGGUGGAAGACUUCCCUGGUACAGAGGCAUCGAGCUUUGGGCCUCCUCCCGUCCACAGAGCAGACGGCUCAUCUAUGAGCAUGGCCUUCUCUGUCCUGCACUGUGGGGGCUUCCAGGCGGAGGCUAACGGAGCGCUCAUGAUAACACACCAAAGAGUCAUCAUACCAUUGAAAGAUGCUAGCGGGCAGGUGGAAGUGACAUUAACCCUGGAGCCCAGAGAGCUGAGGAGGUACAGUGUGUGGGAGCAGCAGGAGCUGCAGGCCCUUGGGCUGGGCUAUAGAGGGAAGGAGCAGCCUUCCCCUGCUGCUCUGCUCCUGUUUUAUGUGUCAGACACUCAGGCUGCUGCUAUCCAGAGAGACCUCUGCAAGCUGUCACUCAGACAGCUUGGACCCACACCCAUGGGCCCGGCCAGCCCUUUUGUUCUGCUGAGCCUGAGAGAUGCUCUGGAAGGAGUGGAAGGGGCAGUCGUUUACUCCAUCCUGGACAUUAUCUGUCUCAACAACCUGACACAUCAAAAAUCCAGUGUUGCCCCCAGCUUAGAUAGCAUUAGCAUGUUGGAGGACAUCCACAGCCCUGCCCUGUCUCUGGACCAAACUUUGGAGCUGAUCAGAAUAACUGGGCUGGACCCCCAGCUGCUCUCCCUGUUGGGUGUCGACAGCACUGAUCCUGAAUCUAACACAGACCAGGACGGUCCACAGUCAGAUGGAGAGAAUAAGAAUGAACCGCACAGCCAGCUGGAGUUUGAGUCUCAAAUAGAAUCAGUUCCACAGCUGGACACAGAGCCAGAGCAAGACACUGAGCCUCAACUCAAACCAGAGGAGGAGAAAGAGAAGGAACCCCCUGCAGAGGAGAAGAGUGAGGAGCCCGCGCCCAUAUACACUCUGUGCCAUCGCAGAACCAGAGGAUCAUACUCUGUAUUCCUUGCUAAACCAGACUCCAGCUGGACCAAAUAUACACACCAGGGGCUGGCCCGCAGGUUGAUCCAGUUUCCUCCUCCACCGCUGAAAGGUGGAAUCACUGUGACAAUGGAGGACCUGCAGUGCCUUGACAGUGGACAGUUCCUCAACGAUGUCAUCAUCGAUUUCUACCUCAAAUACCUGCUCCAAAAUGCCUCUGCUGCUGUGGCUGAACGCUCCCACAUCUUCAGCAGUUUCUUCUACAAGCAGCUGACGCGAAGGGAUAAUGCCAGCGAGAGCGGCACCAGCGACUCCUGUCAGAGGCAGAGGCGGCACCAAAGGGUGAAGACAUGGACACGCCAUGUUGACAUCUUCAAAAAGGACUUCCUGUUUGUGCCUGUCAACCAGGAGGCUCAUUGGUAUUUAGUUGUCAUUUGCUUUCCUGGCUUGGAUGAGCCACAGUUUGAGCCCUGGACCGGCCCGGGUUUGCAGAAAGGAAACAGGACAGGCGAGGCCCAGGCUCGAGAGGAGGCCCAAAGGUGUAGAAGUUCACAUGUUGUCUCGGAAGCAUCACCGGCUUCAAACUCCAGUGAAAACAUGGACAAACUGACUGAAAAUGCUCAAGAGGAUUCCACAAAAGAGUCUCCACCUGGCCCACCGAACUGCACGGAGCAGACAUGCCAGAGGGAAGUUAUUUGCAAGAGGCCCUGCAUUCUUAUCAUGGACUCCCUCAAGCUCUCUCUCCAUGAGCGAGUCUUCAAACUCUUAAGGGAGUACUUGCAGUCAGAAUGGGAGGUCCGUCGAGGCUCGGUAAAGGACUUCAGUACAGAGCAGAUGAAAAACUCACACUGCCGAGUUCCCCUUCAGGACAACAGCAGUGACUGCGGCCUCUACCUGCUGCAAUAUGUUGAGAGUUUUCUGAAGGACCCUGUGGUGCACUUUGACCUCCCUCUCCGUCUAGAACGCUGGUUUCCACGACAGCAGGUGCGGAGGAAACGAGAUGAGAUCAGAGAUCUGAUACUUAAUCUUUAUCGCUACCAGAACCAGGAAAAUGUUGUCAGAUAGACACUCGACGCAACUCUGCCGUUGAGUGCAUCACAUUCCCGUAGCCACUAUCAAUCUCCGCUCAUACUGAGCGAUGGACAUUUCAGUGUGAACUGAAAAUACUUCUUUUUAAAUUAGAUUAUGUUGCUGUAACAUGGAUUAGCUUGGACAAAAUAUGACAAAGCUUAGUUGUCACCCUUGGUGUCAAAGAGCGUAACAACUAUGAGUAUCUUUGAUUCCUGUGAGUCAUUAUGAGGCAUUAAUCACCACAGUCUUGUUUAAUUUUCUCAACUAUUAAUUUAUUGUCACCAUGUAGCUGUCCAUUUGAACAGCAGUUUUAAAAGGCCAGUCUAAAAUUUUGUGCACCCCUAGACUUUUUACAGAUUUUGUUGUGCUGCAAAUUAAUUCAGAAAUGAUUUAGUUGCAUUUUAUUUUUCCAGACAGAGGAGAGAUGAAUUUUAGAUAUAUGAAGAUAAUGUGAUGGUGCAGAAAAACUUUAAGUAAAAAGUAAAAUCGUGUGAAAAAAUGUACAUAUAGGUUUUUGGUUGGACUCACUUUACAGACAUUUUUCAGACAUUUCAUAUGUGACUCAGUUGAUCAUUUAGAUCAUUGUCAGAGCUUUUUUAUUAUUGUCAUAUAUAAAAAAAGCUCUGAUCCUGCUUUCUUUACUAACAAAACUGAUAUCAGGCAGCUUUAGAGUACAUCUUAGUUAGGAUGUUAAUGUGCAGAAUUGAUUGAUACUCUGAAGACAUAGGUUUAAUGAGGAAUACGUGUCUCCUUGCAUAUUACAUGGUAAAACACAGAGCCUGAAUUUUUAAAGGGAUAAAAAUCACACUCCUUCUGUCUUGUGUGGAAAACCAUGAGGUGAGUUUUGAGUGAAGAGUCUCCUGUGCAGUUUCCUCCUUGAAUUCAGUACUAAACUGUUUUGCUGCCGCAUCCGUCCCAGAGUGAACCACCAUUUCCAUCCUUUGCUCAUCGUUUUCUAUAGUCCAUUGUGAAAAUCCUCAUAGGACACACUGAAAGCACUUUUGCAGAUUUGGAUGAAUUCUGACUUGAAAAUACUGUUCACAAACUAUUAUCACAACCAAAACCUGUUACUACAACUUAAAUAGGAGUGAAGUUAUAGACUAUUCUAGUUUUAUUUUUGAUACUGUUUUUUGUUUUGCAUUGUUUAAGCCAUUUUGACUUGUAGUUAUUUGCAUUGUCCAAUUUUUUAUGUGUAAACCUUAGCAGUUGCUACGGUAUAAGAUCAUGGGUUCUUAUUUUAUAGGUGAAGAAUAAGAAAAUGUGAUCCAAAUGGGUGACAUAAUUGCUAGUUAGGCAGUUUGAUUCAUAUCAGUCUAGUGUUUGUGCUUAUGUGCACUUUAGGCAAAAAUCCAAAUCCUAAAUUAGUUUUAGUUUUUUUUUUUUUUUGUAAUACAACAAUACGUACAGAAAGUCCAGAAGUGCACAAAAUUGCAUUGGCACAACAGUUGCAAUGUAUGCCAUAAAAUGCAUGGCCAAAAAGGGAAAAUAUUACACUAAAACCAAGAUAUAAAUUUGUUUGAAAAUCCCCUUGAAGAAUCUAUUCCUCCUCUACUCUGUUCAAGGCCAACACUUAACUAACAGAAACCAAACUCAUAAAGGCCUAACACACAUUGCAGCCCAACACCACUGUUGCCUAAAUUCUCUCAAGUGAGUUCAGUUCUUGUUGGAUUUUCAUGUUUUUGUCUUUUUGUUCAGGUGUUUAUCUGUCACUUCAACACUUUAUGUUGUCCUUGAUGCCAGGUUUUUAUAAGUAUUUUGUUGGAUGAAUGUAUAGGAUGCCAAUUGCAAAAUAUUAGUUUUGAAGGUGUAUUAAAACUUGUAGACUGAAGAACACUUAAAAUUCUGUGGUUGCAGUUUUUGGUACUUUUCGCCUGUGGAAGCUCAAGGCUAAAUAGUUGUAAUGAACAAGACGUUUUUGUUCUUGCUGCUGUAUUGUAUAAACACUGAUUGGACAAUUUU